UACAAACGGGUUUUGCCUCGCUCGCUUCCCCGUCCUCCCGGGCUCCUCUAUGUUUGAUUCUUUUUUCACGCCUGGCGCCGGUGGGAAAUAAAAAAGCUACUUGAAUGUACAGCAUGAUGAUGGAGACGGACUUGCACUCCCCUGGCGGAGCCCAGGCCCCCACGAACCUCUCGGGGCAAACCGGAGCGGGAGGCGGCGGCGGCGGAGGAGGAGGAGGAGGCGGCGGCGGCGGGAACAAAGCGAACCAGGACCGGGUCAAGAGACCCAUGAACGCCUUCAUGGUAUGGUCGCGGGGCCAGCGGCGGAAGAUGGCCCAGGAGAACCCCAAAAUGCACAACUCGGAGAUCAGCAAGCGCCUGGGGGCCGAGUGGAAAGUCAUGUCGGAAGCCGAGAAGAGACCGUUCAUCGACGAGGCGAAGCGGCUGCGGGCGCUGCACAUGAAGGAGCACCCGGAUUAUAAAUACCGGCCCCGGCGGAAGACCAAGACCCUGCUCAAGAAGGACAAGUACUCGCUGGCCGGGGGGCUGCUGAGCGCCGGCUCGGCCGGUGGAGGCCCCGCCGGGGUCGGCGUGGGCAUGGGGGUCGGCGUCAGCCCCGGCGGCGUCGGGCAGCGGCUGGAGAGCCCCGGCGGCACGGCCGGCGGCGGCUACGCGCACAUGAACGGCUGGGCCAACGGCGCCUACCCGGGCUCGGUGGCGGCGGCGGCGGCUGCUGCGGCGAUGAUGCAGGAGGCUCAGCUAGCCUACAGCCAGCACCCGGGCAGCGGGGGGCACCCGCACCACCCGCACCCCCACCACCCGCACCACCCGCACAACCCGCAGCCCAUGCACCGCUACGACAUGGGCGCCCUGCAGUACAGCCCCAUCUCCAACUCGCAGGGCUACAUGAGCGCCUCGCCCUCGGGCUACGGCGCCCUGCCCUACGGCUCCCAGCCCCACCAGAACUCGGCGGCGGCGGCGGCGGCUGCGGCGGCGGCGGCGGCCGCCUCCUCGGGGGCGCUGGGCGCCCUGGGCUCGCUGGUGAAGUCGGAGCCCAGCGUGAGCCCUCCCGUCACCUCGCACUCGCGGGCCCCGUGCCCCGGGGACCUGCGGGAGAUGAUCAGCAUGUACUUACCGGCCGGGGAAGGCGGGGAUCCGGCGGCCGCCGCCGCCCAGAGCCGGCUCCACUCCCUGCCCCAGCACUACCAGAGCGCCAGCACGGGGGUGAACGGCACCGUCCCCUUGACGCAUAUCUGA